AAGAUGGUGGUUAGAUACCAUGGUGAACCUCGUAUCUCAGGGAUUGGAGCUGCUGGAGCAGGGGAGUGAGGAUGGGACCCAGGUGAGCCCGGGUGCCCACUGCCCCAGUCCCCCUGGCACAGGCCGCCUCAGGCCCCCAGCGGACACGCCAGGCCCUCAGCCCCAGCCCAUGGACCUGCGGGUGGGCCAGCGGCCCCCGGUGGAGCCCCCGCCAGAGCCGGCGCUGCUGGCCCUGCAGCACCCCCAGCACCUGCACCACCACCUGCUGUUCGCAGCAGGUCUGCCUCAGCGCUCAGCGGAACCCAUGAGGCUCCCAAUGGACACGCCGGUGCCCCAGUUGCAGGUGGGGCAGCAGGAGCAAGAGCUGCGGCAGCUUCUCAAUAAGGACAAGAGCAAGCGAAGUAAGGACCGCACGCGGGCUGGGGUGGUUUUGCAGAGUGUGUUCCUCUGGGAGCAGCAGCGACUGGCCGGGCGGCUCCCACGGGGAGGAACUGGGGACUCUGUGCUGCUUUCCCUGGCCCAGGGCAGUCACCGGCCCCUGUCCAGGGCUCAGUCAUCCCCAGCUGCGCCUGCCUCACUGCCAACCCCAGAGCCUGCCAGCCAGGCCCGUGUCCUGCCCAGCUCAGAGACCUCUGCCAGGACCCUGCCGUUCACCACAGGGCUGGUGUAUGACUCGGUGAUGCUGAAACACCAGUGCUCCUGCGGGGACAACAGCAGGCACCCGGAGCACGCGGGCCGUAUCCAGAGCAUCUGGUCCCGGCUGCAGGAGCGGGGGCUCCGGAGCCAGUGUGAGUGUCUCCGGGGCCGGAAGGCCUCCCUGGAGGAGCUGCAGUCAGUGCACUCCGAGCGGCACGUGCUCCUCUAUGGCACCAACCCGCUCAGCCGCCUCAAACUGGACAACGGGAAGCUGGCAGGGCUCCUGGCACAGCGGAUGUUUGUGAUGCUGCCCUGUGGUGGGGUAGGGGUGGAUACCGAUACCAUCUGGAAUGAGCUGCACUCUUCCAACGCGGCCCGCUGGGCAGCCGGCAGCGUCACUGACCUCGCCUUCAAAGUCGCUUCCCGUGAGCUAAAGAAUGGUUUUGCUGUGGUUCGGCCCCCAGGACACCAUGCGGACCAUUCCACAGCCAUGGGCUUCUGCUUCUUCAACUCCGUGGCCAUUGCCUGCCGGCAGCUUCAACAACAGGGCAAGGCCGGCAAGAUCCUCAUCAUGGACUGGGAUGUUCACCAUGGCAAUGGCACCCAGCAAACCUUCUACCAGGACCCCAGUGUGCUCUACAUCUCCCUGCAUCGCCAUGAUGAUGGCAACUUCUUCCCCGGCAGUGGGGCCGUGGAUGAGGUGGGAGCUGGCAGCGGUGAGGGCUUCAAUGUCAACGUGGCCUGGGCAGGAGGUCUAGACCCCCCUAUGGGGGAUCCUGAGUACCUGGCUGCCUUCAGGAUGGUUGUGAUGCCCAUUGCCCGAGAGUUCUCUCCGGACCUGGUUCUGGUGUCAGCUGGGUUUGAUGCUGCCGAGGGUCACCCAGCCCCGCUGGGUGGCUACCAUGUUUCCGCUAAAUGUUUUGGGUACAUGACCCAGCAGCUGAUGAGCUUGGCGGGAGGUGCAGUGGUGCUGGCCUUGGAAGGUGGCCAUGACCUCACAGCCAUCUGUGACGCUUCUGAGGCCUGUGUGGCUGCUCUUCUGGGAAACAAGGUGGAUCCUCUCUCAGAAGAAGGCUGGAAGCAGAAGCCCAACCUCAACGCCAUCCGCUCUUUGGAAGCCGUGAUCCAGGUGCACAGUAAAUACUGGGGCUGCAUGCAGCGCCUGGCCUCCUGUCCAGACUCCUGGGUGCCCAGGGUGCCAGGGGCCGACACAGAAGAAGUGGAGGCAGUGACCGCACUGGCAUCCCUCUCCGUGGGCAUCCUGGCUGAAGAGCGGCCCUCACAACAGCUGGUGGAGGAGGAAGAACCUAUGAAUCUCUAA